GUUCUUCAGCCACAAAAAAAAACUGGCGAAGUCAAAAUCUUUUGACAGUGAAAGGACCUUUGAAGAAGAAGAAUCGCGAUUUCGAGCUCUAUGGUGUCCGUAAACCCUAGACCUAAGGGUUUUCCAGUUUUCGAUUCCUCGAAUAUGAGUUUACCAAGCUCCGAUGGAUUUGGUUCGAUUCCGGCCACGGGACGGACCAGUACGGUGUCGUUUUCUGAGGAUCCGACGACGAAGAUUCGGAAGCCGUACACAAUCAAGAAGUCGAGAGAGAAUUGGACAGAUCAAGAGCACGAUAAAUUUCUAGAAGCUCUUCACUUAUUCGAUAGGGAUUGGAAGAAAAUAGAAGCCUUUGUUGGAUCAAAAACAGUAGUUCAGAUACGAAGCCACGCUCAGAAAUACUUUCUCAAAGUUCAGAAGAGUGGUGCUAACGAACAUCUUCCACCUCCUCGACCUAAGAGGAAAGCGAGUCAUCCUUAUCCUAUAAAGGCUCCUAAAAAUGUUGCUUAUACCUCUCUCCCGUCUUCGAGUACAUUACCGUUGCUUGAGCCUGGUUAUUUGUAUAGCUCUGAUUCGAAGUCAUUGAUGGGAAACCAGGCUGUUUGUGCAUCUACCUCUUCUUCGUGGAAUCAUGAAUCGACAAAUCUGCCAAAACCGGUGAUUGAAGAGGAACCGGGAGUCUCGGCCACGGCUCCUCUCCCAAAUAAUCGCUGCAGACAGGAAGAUACAGAGAGGGUACGAGCAGUGACAAAGCCAAAUAACGAAGAAAGUUGUGAAAAGCCACAUAGAGUGAUGCCGAAUUUUGCUGAAGUUUACAGCUUCAUUGGAAGUGUCUUCGAUCCCAACACAUCAGGCCACCUCCAGAGAUUAAAGCAGAUGGAUCCAAUAAAUAUGGAAACGGUUCUUUUACUGAUGCAAAACCUGUCUGUAAAUCUGACAAGUCCCGAGUUUGCAGAGCAAAGGAGGUUGAUAUCAUCAUACAGCGCUAAAGCUUUGAAAUAGAGAUAGAAUAAAACAAUAAUGUACCUUAUGUGAGAUCAAGAGACAAUCAUCCAAGGUCUGUAUGCAUUGCUUGGAUUUAGGCCUCGUGUUCUCACUACAGGAGCAGAACCAAUCGCAAAGACUCUUAGAUGGCUACUGAGUUGUGGUUUUUAUGUCUCUGUAAGUCGCGGUGGAGCACACGUGUUUGUCCUGUCUUGUGUAUGUGUGUAUAGAUAAUACAAGGUUUUGCAGAGUAAGGUCACAGUUAGCUGCAAGUGAGUUUGGAUCAAUCUUAAGAUUAAAACCCUGAGAGUGAGUGUCCAAAGAGACUGUGUAAUAUUGGUUUGGCGGUCAGCAGAAGAGUUUUGAAGUGCACAUCCAGUUAGUGAUAACACGGUUGAAGAAAAGGUAAGGUUACAAGUUUAGUUUUGAAUAAUUGUAUACUCAAAAAAUAUGAAUGUAUAAAGAAUAAUCACUUGAGUCGCCUUAUUCCGCCUGAUUAACUGUUGCAUUCCACAUUGAGUGUUCCAUCUCCAAGGAAAACAUACACGUUCGAGCCUUUUUGUGACUCACACUUAAAUCAAACAGUAGCAGCAAGAGCAUUCACAAAAUUACAAUGUCUAGGGACUGUAAGCACAUGAUCAAACCACUCAACUUUCCCCCUAAUUUCACAACUUUCCACUCAACCUCAUCAUUGGUUAGGGUUUGAUCAGGUUUCCGGCAGAGGGUGAAUCAGCUAUGGUUCUCAUAAGCUCUCAGUUUGAAGCAAACAUAAAGACAACUCUCCGUGUGUCCCAAGAGUGACCUGAACUUGCAAAGCUCUGGUGUUUUCAGUAUAGGAAGCGACGGAAUUAAUGUUCAUUGCGGCGUCGGCGUCUUCUUCUUCUUCGUCGGCUUUCUCUUGCUUUUCAUUGAUACAGAUGGACUAACGUAGGGUUUACGGAUCCCGGCGUUUAAAGAAAGAAGACGACACGUUAGGCUAAAUAUUUGUUGGGCUUUAUGGGCCGAUGCAAAAUUGCAAGAUUUUGUUAACUUUGUUACCACACGCCAUCUGUGUUACCUUUCGACAGAGACCCCUUCAGACUUGAACUCUGGUUUCAAAAAACCAAAAAGCCUAAAAUAGAAUAUGCAAAUACCAGGGACUCCAGCGUUCAUAGAAGAAAAUCAACUACUGUUAAUUAAAAGCAUCCCCAUAUCACAAGCACCAAGAGAAACGAGAGUCCAUAGAGACAAAGUAUAUAUUUUUUUUUUCUUUUUUUUUUUGU